GCCUCAUGCGUCUCUGCCACCAUGCAAUUAACACUCGUUGAGCUGCGAUUGCUGGUGGAGGGAUGGCGUCCAGCUCCAAGAUCAUCUCGUUGAGGAAGGCGGAGCAGGCGUGGACGGAAGAGGAGAACGAGCGGUUUGAGAUGGCGCUGGCGCGCUACGAGGAGAGCCACCCCCAACGGUGGCAGAAUGUGGCCCGCGCCGUCGGCGGCGGCAAGACCGUCGACGAUGUCAAGCGCCACUACGAGCAUCUCGUCAGCGACAUCAACCUCAUCGAUACCGCCGAGGAGCCUUUCUACAACUACCCGCCAGCCUCUGGCGGCCGCCGCCGCAACGACACCGGCGGCCAGGAUCAGCGGUGCAAGUUCUUGAAGUUCCAGUAGAAAGGAGCUGCUGCACCUUGUUAGACGUGCUGUACGACUUAUCCAAUUAGGAGUUUACAAGUGUAUUUACCAAUAAAAUUUGUGGGAAUGGCAGAGAUCGAAUGGAACUGAUCUCCUAGUAGCAAUUAAGUGAUUUGCUGUAAUUAAGUAUU